AUGCCCGGCUUUCUGUGGAUUCUGUUAACUAUUCUUCUGUCUGUAAGUCACCAUUUUUAUGUCACAAUUUAUUUUUUUAUUAUUUAAGAUUGUAAACGGCAGUCAGUAUAAUCACGCGUUGUUUGAGCAUUUAUUUAAAAAUUACCGAAAAGAAGUCAGACCAAUCGAUUACACGAAUCCAUCAGGUAAUUAAUUAAGGUUUAUUUUAAUUUUUUAAUUAUCUUAUAGCACCCACAAAUGUGACGAUACAACUGUAUCUAAAGCAGAUUCAGAAAGUGGUCGACAGUGACCAGAUUGUGAAAUUGUAUUGUUGGCUAGAGAUGGUAGGUCGACUUCCGGGUGAACUUAGUUUUGCAGUACUGGAGGGAUGUGAAUCUUGUUUGGAAAGAGUCCGAUUUCAAUGGAACGACCCAACUCAUCAUACCAUCUGCACAUUUGUGGAGGCCAGAUCUUCUCGUUUACAACAAGUAAAUAAAAAAUAAUCGUCUUUCUUGUUUCCGAAUACGUUCAUUUAUCUGUUUUUUACAGUGCCCAUAUGAAUGUGGAUGACAAUGAAUUGGAGACGAAUGCAGUCAUCAGAAGUGAUGGCAGAGUGAGUGUUUACAGGGCGAUGGUUACUCAGAUCACUUGUCAAUUGACCCUGUAAGUUUGGUAUUUGUUGGAUCAGUUCUUUAUUGUAGAGAAAAUUUUCCAUUUGAUCAGCAGAUCUGCUUUAUAAUGUUGUCUUCCUGGAGUUAUGAUGGAUCGGGGAUUAUGCUGAACACUUUGGUCUCGACGGAUCUGGAUAAUAGCCAGAAAGAUCUGAGAAAGAUCAGUACUCUCGCCCAUUACAUGGCCAACGGGGAAUGGUACUUAAACGAUUUCAAAAUUCAAAGGAAUCUGAAGCAAGUUAAUACAUGCACUUUUUAAAUUUUGGAUUUUGUGCAUAACACAUUUCAUUUCAGGUACUACGAAUGUUGCCCCUAUGCCUUCCCGGAUCUAACGUAUUACUUUUCAAUUAGAAGGAAUCCGAUCUAUUACCUGUUCACUCAACUCUUGCCCAGCACUUUUAUCAGUAUAAUUACAAUGAUCGGUUCAUUUACGGUACAUUCGUCGACGGGGGAAAACGAGGAGAAGAUUACGUUGGGAGUUACUGCGGGCAUGGCCAUUGUCAUCAUAUGUGAGUAAUUUUGAUAAAAUUACUCUUAAAAAACGAUAUAAUCACGGAAUAUUAAUACUUUCAGUGAUGAUGGUGGCUGAUAAACUCCCUGCAACUUCCAACGAUCUACCCCUUUUGGGCAAAUUUUACGUUGGUUUAAUCUUCAUCAUCUUCUUUGGAACGGUAUGCACAACCUUGGUAUUGAAUGUGCAGAUGAAAGGAAAUCACAUGGAACCCGUCCCUUUAUGGUUCAAACGACUUGUAAAACGAUAUCGAGUGAUGCAGAUCAUCUUCGAAAGAUAUUGGAAACAAACUCAGAAAGCGGAAAAAGAGGGAGAUUACCUAAAAGAGUCAUUAAUAAUACACUCGCAGUCGGCGAAUGGCCAUAUUGGAGAAAGUGGGAAGGAGAAUGGCGUCAAACUGAUCAGUCACGGUUGCCCAGUGGUAAGUUAAUUGAGAAUUGCCUUGUUUAUGUUGUAGUACACACCGACAAGUCACAGUCUUGCCACAUGCCCAUUAUAUGCAAAGAUUUUGGGGACAGUGACGGAUAUCCGAGAGAAUACGAAGGUCAUGUUGGAACGACUCGAACAUGACCGGAGGCGGUUUUCCCUCCGCCACGAUUGGGAAUCCAUCGCCCGAGGACUUGACCGGAUAUUCCUCACCAUCUUCGUGACAGUCACCACUUUAUAUGCCUUCUGGCUAUUUACUCAGUCCUCGUCGCCGGCGCUGAUGAUAACCCAGGAGUUCAUGAACCAGACCUCCGCGAUUGCCUGA